AUGGACGGGCAUAUAAAAGGCUCUCUGCAGGGAGAAGUGUCCAGACUGAAGUCACCUACACCCCUUCUCUACCCAAGAACAACCUCAACAACCAACACCAUGUACGGCUACUACGGAAACUACUAUGGGGGCCUCGGCUAUGGCUGUGGCUAUAGAGGCCUGGGCUGUGGCUAUGGCUCUUGCUGUGGCUGUGGCUUCCGCAGACUGGGCUGCGGCUAUGGCUGUGGCUAUGGCUGUGGCUAUGGCUCUGGCUAUGGAUAUGGCUCCCGCUCUCUCUGUGGCUGUGGCUAUGGAUAUGGCUCUGGCUAUGGCUCUGGCUUUGGCUACUAUUGA